AUGAAUAAGGAAGUGUGUAGAAGGUUCAAGAAUGUAUGGACAAAUUUUACAUAUGAUUCGAGUAAAAAAAAUUAUCAAAUUAAAAAUGAUAAAGAUUUCAAAAAGUACUGUAAUAAUCAAAAUUGUGACAAUGAGCUCGAAAAAAUUAAUGCUGGAUGUUUAUAUUUGCUUAAUGAAUUCUUUCUUGAUUCUUCUUCACUUAAGAAUCAUGCAAAAAGUAACCUCAAUAUUGUUGAAUACAUUAUGAUAUGGUUAAGUUAUAUAUUAAGCCUAAAGGAAAAUACUAGCACCAUCAGCCACCUGCAACAUUUUUAUGGUACAUAUAUAAAUGGUAGUGGAAGUUAUAAACAGUCUAUAAAUGGCAUUGAAGAUCAUAGCAGUUAUAUGGAUCUUUUAAAUAAAAAAAAAUAUUUUUUGGAUAUAGAUAUUAAAAAUAUAUCUAAAUUUUAUGAAGCAUUUAAAUUAUUAUGUGAAAUGUAUACUGGAUUUGAUGAAAACAAGAAAUAUUGCGCAGAAUGUUCAGAAAAAGCUAGUCAAUUUGCUAAAAAAUAUGAAGAACUUAACAAAGGUUCUAAUAUUACUGAAGAUAGUCCCUAUUAUCCACUAUUGUCUACUUUAUCAAAUGAUUAUAAUAAUUUAAAAAAUAAAUGUAACGAUACUUUAUCCUUUCCAGAAAUAGAAACAAACAUUCUUGCACACACAUCUGGAGCUACAUCAUCAAGUUCUUCGAUAGCAAACAAAUUAUUUUUAGUUUUAUCGAUAUUUGGUGCAAUAGCAAUUUUUUUAGGAAUUUCUUAUAAGUAUUCGUUAUUUGGAUUUCGGAAACGAGCUCAAAAACAAUAUUUAAGAGAAAAAAUAAAAAAUAUAAAGAGAAUGAAUCAAUAA